GGUGCGUCUUGAACAGAAUAACAACACCCUCGUUGAAAUGGGCAUCUACCAGGACGGUCCAUUUGAGACCGGCGACGAGCGGGAGCUGAGGGCCGAUCUGGUACCUGUUCCUCCCACCAGCUAUCUGGGCUUCUCCCUGGACUCCAGCAUGGCCCUGGUGGUGAAGGGCAGGCUGACGGUGGUGGCGGGGGCACCAAGGGCCAAUCACAGCGGGGCGGUGGUGCUGAUGACGAUAGAUAAUGACUCCAGCAUGCGGGAGGAGUUCACCCUGCAUGGGCAAGGCCUGGCCUCCUCCUUCGGCUACGACCUGGCCGUGCUGGACCUCAACCAAGACGGUUGGCAUGACAUCGUUGUGGGGGCCCCGCAGUACUUUGAGAAGGACGGGAAGAUAGGGGGCGCGGUCUACGUCUACGUCAACAAGGCCGGGGCAUGGGACACAGUCACCGCCCUCCGGAUCGACGGGCCUCAGGACUCCAUGUUUGGACUGUCUGUGGAGAACCUGGGCGACAUCAAUCAGGACAAUUACCCCGACUUUGCAGUCGGGGCCCCCUACGAUGACGAGGGUGCGGGGGUGGUCUACAUCUACCACGGCUCAGAGGACGGCAUCAGCUCCAACAAGAAGCAUUCCCAGAUGUUGAUGGGCAGGCCGUUGAGUAGCAGGCAUUUCGGCUACUCUCUGGCGGGGAACAUGGACCUGGACCUGAACACCUACCCCGACCUGGCCGUGGGCUCUCUCUCCGACUCGGUGUUUGUCUUCAGGGCCCGCCCAGUUGUUGACAUCAUCAAGAAAAUCACCAUCACCCCCCCCGAGCUGGACCUCACCAAGAAGAACUGCGGCGACAAGAUCUGUCUAACAGUGUCCGGCUGCUUCAGCUACGUCGCCAGCGCCGCGAACUACAAUCCUCAACUGAGUGUGCGCUACAAACUGGUGGUGGAGGAUCAGCGUAAGAAGGCGGGCCUACCCUCCAGGGUGGUCAUCACCCAGGCGUCGUCCUCUGGCAGCAACUUCGAGAUCAGUGGCCUCCUCAAGUUGACCAAGCAGAAUCAGCAGUCCUGUCUGGAAUGGAAACUCACCUUGCAGGACGACAUUCGGGACAAGCUGCGCGGCAUCCCGAUCGAGGUGUUCGUGGACAUCCAGGACAGCGCGCGGCGCCGGAGACAGGCCUCUGUGGCCGAGCUAAAGCCCGUCCUGGACGCCGACAAGCCCAAAAGCAUCCGCUCAGAGGUGAGCUUCCUGAAGGAGGGCUGUGGAGCAGACAACGUGUGCCAGAGUAAAAUGGUGGUAGGGUAUCGCUUCUGCAGAAAGAAACCCAACCAAGACGUCUUUGAACCACUAAACCUCGACAGCUCUGGGGUGCCAGUGUUGUCCCUCAGCAACGAGAAGGAGAUUGCCUUGGAGGUCACGGUGACCAACGUCGAGGGCGACGAUGCCUACGAGGCCUCUAUCAACGCCACCUUCCCCAACGCCCUGUCCUACUCCUCAUACCGCGUCCUGUCUAAAGACAUCCAUCCGGUGACCUGCAAGGCCAAUAAGGAUGGCUCUAUGGCAGAAUGUGAACUUGGGAACCCCUUCAAACGAGACGCUAAGGCGACCUUCUACAUCAUUCUGAGCACAGCAGGCAUCUCUCUGAACACCACCGAGUUGGAGAUCGAUCUUACACUUGACACGACGAGUGAUCAGAAAGAAAAGAAGCCUAUCAAGGCAAGGGCAAAAGUGGUGAUUGAGCUACUUUUGUCUUUAUCAGGGCAGGCCCAGCCCUCCCAGUUGUACUAUACGGGGAAGGUUGUAGGAGAGAGCGCCAUGAAGACAGAGAGCGACAUCGGCAGUGCUAUCAAAUACAUUUUCAGGAUCAUCAACUUGGGGAAGCCCCUGAACAACAUCGGCUCUGCCAGCCUGGUGGUCAGAUGGCCCAAGGAGAACGCACACGGGAAGUGGCUGCUGUACCUCAUGGGCAUCAGCUCUGACGGGUUACACAAGGUCAACUGCUCCCCUGCGGGAGAGAUCAACCCUAAAGGCGUCAAAAAGGAGCCAUCUACCAACCGGAAGCGACGAGCCAUUGGGGACAAAAGCAUAAAAGAAGGUUCCACUUCUCAGCUAACAGACGUUAGGAAAUCUGAGACUUUGUCCUGUGGCAGUGGGGCGUCGUGUGUGGAGUUUCAGUGCCCCCUUCUGGGACUGGACAGUAAUGCAGCCCUCAUGUUCCAUGCUCGUCUGUGGAACGGCACUUUGAUUGAGGAGUACUCCAAGUUGAACUAUCUGGAUAUCAUAGUGAAAGCUUCUCUAAAAGUGGUCAUCGCCGGACAGGAAAUGGCUCUGAAGAACUCAGAAACACAGGUGAAGGUGACGGUGUUCCCGGAGAGGCGUGGGUACCAGACCGGCGGGCUGCCCUGGUGGAUCAUCCUGGUGGCCAUCCUGCUGGGCCUGCUGCUGCUCGCCCUGCUCAUCUUCCUCCUGUGGAAGUGUGGUUUCUUUCGGAAAGACGACAGCCCAGACACAAAGCUCCUGACGGCGGAUGCGUAGAACAAGAGGCACAGAGUGAUAAGCAAGAGAGAGAGAGAGAGAGAGGUGUGGCUUUUUUAAACGUACCAAACACGAAGACACGGUUCCCAGUUACAACGCCGUGCGGAUCAAAAGGGAGGUGAGGGACGGCAGAGCCGGACAGCAGGACCACUGGGAGA